AUGAGGGAUGUGCGAAUUGGUAAAACGGCAGACCCCCACUUCCGCGCCAAGCCAGUCGAGAUCGUUGUCGGUACAGGAACAGACCAAGUCAGCUACUUCGUGCAUGAUCAGCAGCUCCGUCAACACUCGGCCUUCUUUGCCACAGCUAUGGAGGACGGCAGUGGGUUGAUGGAGGGCGAAGUGCGCAAAGUCGAACUUCCCAAAGACGAAGCUGUCGUGUUUGGCGAUUAUGUUCACUGGCUAUGCAACUCGACCAUCUUCUACAUUAGAGGAGCCGAAGGACCAGACUGGCAGCCUCUGAUCAAGCUAUACAUCCUGGCGCAGAAGCUGCUCGAUGGACAUUGCCAAGAUGGUAUCAUUGAUGCGCUGAUCCAGAGCUCCUGUGAAGUGGGCUCGGAUGGGUCGAAUUGGUACCCGUUCACCAUGAACGUCGAUCUGGUUCACAAGCAUACCUCGGUGGGCUCGCCCCUGCGGCGGCUGAUGGUUGGCAACCGUGUGUAUCUGGGUCGUGCAACUCGGAUCGACACAAUAACUCCUCACAACAACAAUCUUGACUUCGCUGUCGAUCUUCUCACUGCUUUCCUUACGAAGCGUGAGCGCUCGGGUGACGACUGGAAGAUUGAAGGACACUGUGGGGGUCUGGAGACGGGCAUUUAUCAUGCCCACGGCAAGGAUGAGCCUUGCAGCGGCGAAGUCACGGUCGUGGGCGGCUAUGUUGUAGGCGGUGGAGGGUCCCUCGAGUGA